AUGCGUUCAGACUCAUCAUGUUCUGGCGGCAUAGUAGCAGAUAUGAUGGGUCUCGGCAAAACACUAACUAUGCAGAGUGCAAUUCUAUGCUCAAAGCAACUAAAACAGCAAUACAACAUGAAUGGACCUAAGACCAAGGUCGACACUCAUCGGCUCACCAUCUCGGCGCGAUUUCGACCGCAGACUUUCAAGACUCAGAUUUUCCACGGACAGACACGAGCCAAAGACAGAUAUCAUUUGCUUUACAAUGACAUUGUUCUGGCGACCUAUCACACGCUCGAGAGAGACAGCAGCAGCAACAGGAUCUCGAGUACGAUUAGGUGGUCAAGGAUUGUACUCGAUGAAAGCAAGUCCAAAAGCGCCAUAUUCUGA